AUGAGUAUACAAACUUUCGUCAAAAAUGGUGGCAGUUGUGGUUACCCAAAGACCCACCAAUUCCAGCUCCCCCUUCUCUGGAGGAUUCAGCAGCUGACGCCCUUGGCCAAUGCUUCUAUUUUCUCUCAGCUCACUUACACCUUGGAUAACAGGUAUAAUGGUCAGUUAUUGAACAUCGAUCCCAAUAUACUCUGUUCUCACACAUAUGUUCAGGUCCUCGGAUAUCAGCGCACCCUGCAAGCGUCUGAUCUCUACAAAUUGGGCGCACCUCGAGAAGUCAGCCGUCCUUGCCAGCUAAACUGGAAGCUGCAUGGCAGCGACGUGUUAAGGCAGCAGUUGACUGGAACUGCACGUCUCGAGAGUGGAGAACUCAGGCCGUCCUUCGUGAAGCGUACGGGCUGGGCGUUACGCGCAAUUUUCAGGCAAGGACAGAAUCAAGGCGCGACUUGGUCUGAGCGGCGUGUUGCGUUCCAGAAACAUUGGCGAGAAUCCGAAGGACGGAAAGAGGCUAGCCUUACAUGGGCUUUGAAUGAUGUCUUUGGCAGUAUGUUCUGGAUCGGAGGUAUCUUUGGUGAUAUAGCACAACUCAUGAGCCCGAUCGUCCUUCGGCAAAUCAUCGUCUUUGCGGAGGAGCGUUCCGCCGCAAUUAUUGCCGGAGAACCUGUCCCCAAUGUCGGCCGCGGUGUCGCCAUGGCUUUUGGGCUCUUCGCGCUUGCUGUGAUAGCGAGUAUAUGCACUCACCAGUUUUUUUGGAGGUCAAUGACAGCAGGCGUGCUGGCUAGAGCCGCACUGAUAGCAUGUAUCUACGAGCGUGGAGUGAACCUCACAAGCAAAGCGCGUGUCAAACUCAAUAACGCUGCACUUAUUAAUCAUAUUUCCACGGACGUGAGCAGGGUUGAUGCGUGCGCUCAGUGGUUUCUUGACCCUCUUACCACUAGCAUGCAGAUCUCGAGAUGGCUUACUAUCCCAGGCUGGACUGUGCCUAUCCAGGUCACAAUUUGUCUAAUUAUUCUUCUGAGCGAGCUCGGACCGUCUGCACUCGCCGGUUUUUCGCUAUUCGUCCUCAUCAUACCAAUUCAAGAGCGGUUAAUGACACUACAGCACCGUAUUCGCUUAGGCUCAAUGAAAUGGACUGAUCAACGAGCCAAAGUCCUACUAGAGGUACUCGGGGCCAUGCGUGUGGUCAAGUACUUCUCGUAUGAGGUCCCCUUCCUUCAAAGGAUCUUCGAGCUUCGAAGGAAGGAACUGCGUGGUAUCCGACAGAUUCUUCACUCAAGUUCGGCGAACGUGGCUCUCGCUACUACGCUGCCAGCUCUCGCUGCUACACUAGCUUUCGUCACGUACACUCUUACAGCGCACAAUUUCAAUGUUGCCGUCAUAUUCACCUCGCUGAAUCUGUUUCAGCUUCUCCGGCAACCAAUGAUGUGGAUGCCCCGCGCUCUAUCAGCCAUCCCCGAUGCAUCCAGCGCGAUCCAGCGGCUCACGCACUUAUUCCGCGCAGAGCUUAUUUCCGAAGAUGCACUUGUUAUCGACGAGGACCAAGAGCCCGCGCUUCUGGUGAAGGACGCGACGUUCGAGUGGGACUCCUUCGAGAAAGACUCUGGUGAAGCUUUCACCUCGAAGAUGGGCACACGCAGCGGCGGCGGUCCCCCGAGGGCCAAAGGCAAUAGUGCGAAUGAGGACAAGGCAACAGAGAAAACCGCUCCUGGAGGAGAUGUACCGCUCUUUAGGGUCAAGAAUGUGACCAUGACCAUCCAACGAGGUCACCUAGUCGCCGUAGUCGGGCGUGUCGGAAGUGGCAAGUCCAGUUUGUUACAAGGACUGAUAGGGGAGAUGAGGAAGGUCUCCGGACAUGUCUCUUUUGGCGGUCGCGUUGGAUAUUGCCCCCAGACUGCGUGGAUCCAGAAUUCAACCUUGCGUGAUAACAUCAUUUUUGGCCGGCCAUUCGAGGAAGAUAGAUAUUGGCGCGUUCUGGAGACCGCUUGUCUACUUCCAGAUCUCCAACUGCUCCCCGAUGGGGAUUUGACUGAGAUCGGAGAAAAGGGUAUCAAUCUCAGCGGUGGCCAAAAACAAAGAGUUAACAUUGCUCGUGCUCUGUACUUUGAUCCUGACAUUGUCAUAUUUGAUGACCCGCUCUCGGCAGUGGAUGCUCACGUCGGGAAGUCCUUAUUCCAAGAUGCCAUUGUGGGAGCCCUGCGCAAUCGCGGUGUCACUGUCAUUCUGGUCACGCAUGCAAUCCACUUCCUAUCUCAAGUAGAUCAUAUCUAUACCCUAAACAACGGCGUCAUCACAGAGAGCGGGACCUACGAUGAAUUGAUCUCCCAUGGUGGGGACUUUGCGCGUUUAGACCUGGAAUUUGGCGGUCACGCAUCCGAGGGGAAAGAUGAAGAUCAGGCAGAGGAAAUCACUCCGCAGACAGGUGUUACCAUCGAAGAUGUCAAGUUGAAGUCAAAAAAAGCCAGAGAAAAGGCCACUGGAAGUGGUAAAAUUGAAGGUCGCCUGAUCGUCAAAGAGAAGCGUUCGACAGGUUCUGUGUCCUGGGGAGUGUACUGGACCUACUUGGUUGCGGCACGCGGUUCAAUAACAGGACCUCUAGUUAUUUUCUUCAUGCUCGCGAUGCAGGGAAGCCAGGUCUUGAACGCAUACACCCUUAUUUGGUGGGAGAGCAACAAAUUAGACCGACCAAUUUCGUUCUAUCAGACGCUGUAUGGUUGUCUCGGGGUCUCUCAAGCGAUCUUCGCAUUCUUGCUCUGUGCUGGAAUGGACUUCAUGGCCUUUCAUGUGUCCCAAAACCUGCACCACAAGUCCGUGCGCAACGUCUUCUAUGCACGCAUGUCCUUUUUUGACUCUACACCCAUGGGCCGAAUCCUGGGCAUUUUUGGCAAAGAUAUCGACAAUGUAGACAAUCAAUUAGCAUUUGCAAUGAGAUUGCUCGUCCUUACGCUGAGCAACUGCAUUGGCUCUAUUAUCAUCAUUGUUUUCCUUGAACCAUACUUUAUUAUUGCUAUUUUCUUCAUCUUGAUCGGUUACAGCUACUUCGCUGCUUUCCAUCGAGCUAGUGCUCGCGAGGUCAAGCGCCUAGAGUCUAUGCUUCGCUCUCUUCUAUAUGCACACUUUUCCGAGACCUUGACAGGACUUCCUACCAUCCGAAGCUACGGAGAAAUGAAGCGGUUCAUUGCCGCCAAUAGAUACUACGUCGAUCUGGAGGAUAGAGCUCUAUACCUUGUGGUUACAAACCAGAGGCAAGUUAUUUUAUACAUAUCUCGUGGCGGUCGUUGGCUCAAUACCUUCCCUCAGAUGGCUUGCGAUAAGGUUAGACUUCAUGGGAGGCAUGUCGCUCUUCUAGCAGUUAUCGACGUCUCCGGGAUCAACGCCACCCAGAUAGGGUUGGUACUUACGUAUACCACCAUGCUGUCACAAAUGUGUCGUCAGGUGACCAGAGAAGCGGCGGACGUCGAGAAUUGCAUGAACUCAGUGGAACGAUUGGUACAAUACGUCGAAGGGGACGCAAUCCCUCAAGAGGCGCCGCAUGAGAUCGAAGAACGCAAACCCCCAGCGCGAUGGCCUGAAUAUGGCGCUGUCGAAUUUAAUGACGUUAAGAUGACAUAUCGACCAGGUCUUCCCAACGUAUUGAAGGGUGUCUCGAUCAAGGUCAGGGGAGGCGAAAAGAUAGGUGUGGUUGGAAGGACUGGUGCCGGGAAAUCUUCGUUGAUGCUUGCGCUGUUCCGGAUUGUCGAGUUGUCGGGUGGUUCUAUCACUAUCGAUGGUGUCGAUAUAUCUACAAUCGGUCUUAAAGACCUCCGCUCCAAGAUAUCUAUCAUCCCGCAAGAUGUUGGUAAACCUCUUCUUUUUAGCGGGACCAUGCGGUCCAACCUGGAUCCAUUCUCCCAACACGGUGACGCGGAGCUAUGGAAUGCGCUACAUCGAUCUUGUCUUGUUGAUUCUAGUACCACCUCAAAACACUCAUCUUCUAGCGAUGACCUCAGCAGUGAGCAAAUCUCCACCAGCGGCCACAACCUUGACGACACCAUCGAGAGCGAGGGAGCGAACCUUAGUGUUGGGGAGAGGUCUCUGCUCAGUCUAGCUCGCGCGCUAGUGAAAGACUGCAAAGUCGUUGUGCUUGACGAGGCCACAGCCUCUGUCGAUCUCGAGACUGAUAACCAGAUCCAGCAGACUAUCCAGACGGAAUUCAAGAACCGUACGCUACUUUGUAUCGCUCACCGUCUUCGAACUAUCAUUUCAUACGACCGGAUUCUGGUCCUCGACGCUGGCCUCGUUGCGGAAUUCGACACUCCAUCUAAUCUUUUCAAAGUAGAGGGCGGACUGUUCCGUGGAAUGUGUGAGAGGAGUAAUAUUUCCUUGAAAGAUAUAGAGAUGAGUAGGCAGGUGUAA